AUGAGGAGGGGCUGCAAACGCAGAUCACGGGGAUCUGAGGAGGAAAGACCUAGCCUGGGCCGGGCAGGGGGUCGGAGAUGGAGCCGGAGCUCGGACCUGGUGGUUCAUGAGCAGCUUCAUGAUGGGGAGAAGUCCCACAAGUGCUUGGAGUGGACUCAGUGCACCCAAUUGCUCCGCCACCAGAACAUCCACACUGGGGAACAGCCCUAUAAGUGUGGGGAUUGUGGGAAGGGACUCAGGCACCAUUCCAACCUGAUCCGUCACCAAAAUAUCCACACUGGGGAGAAGCUGUACAAGUGUUCAGAGUGUGGGAAGAACUUCAGCAGGAACUGCCACCUGAUGCAGCACCAGAACACCCACAAUGGGGAAAGGUCCUACAAGUGUGGGGAUUGUGGGAAGAGAUUCAUUGAGCGCACCCAAUUGGUCACACAUCAGAACAUCCACACUGGGGAAAGGCCCUACAAGUGUGGGGAUUGUGGGAAGGGAUUCAGGAACCGUUCCAGCCUGUUCUGUCACCAAAGGAUCCACACUGGCGAGAUGCUCUACAACUGUUCUGAGUGUGGGAAGAGGUUUUACUCCAGCUCCCAUCUCAUCCAGCUCUACCAGACACACACCGAUGAGAGGCCCUACGAGUGUCCUGACUGUGGAAAGGGCUUCAGGCAAAACUCCAAGCUCCACAACCACCCGUGUAUCCACACCACGGUGAGGCCCUACGUGUGUGGGGAGUGUGGGAAGAGCUUCUCCUGCAGAUGA